AUGACAUGCAGACAGUACUACAGUAGGCUACCUUCUAUCCAGAACAGACGGUGGAGGGAGUGGGAGGAGGGGAUUUGUUUCUCUCACCAGGCAGCAUCACGUACGGGAGGGGCGGCAGCCCACAUAGCAGCCCGUGGACGGCGGCUGCCACCGACCCUGACUGCGGUUGCACCAGAGGCCGUCCGCGGCCUGUACCCGGCAGACAGCAAACUUCUCCACUUUUCCCCCACCGCCCACCCUGUCGUCUGCGACGCUGCGUGCAAGAUGUACCGCACAAGAACUUCGACGAUCGAGCUCUAUGAGGCGAGCAACGCACGUCUUCCCCACCCUGCCACUUGCCUGCCAAGGUCCGUGCGACCUAGAGCCGCCACGGUGCCUCAGCUCUCCUCUUUGCGAAGCUCGCAUACUCACACUGGCACUGGCGCGGGAGAUCCCUCAAAACCGCGAGCAUGCACGGGGUGCAGAUAUCCCUUCCCUAGCUGGCAGUUUCGCCCACCGACUUCCCGUGCCGACUUCCACGCCGCCACACCACGCCGCCGCCCUCGAAUUCCGCGCUGCCACCCACUGUUCGUGCACCCGCGGCACACAUGGUAUAAGCCGAAGCAGUACGUCAUGUGCGCCGUAUAGUCGCGCGCCCGCCGCUAAUCUCACGUGCCCGUCUCCUCACAUCUGGUCUUUGUCGCCUGACAGCCCGGCGGCAGAGUCGGACCGCAGACCGCACGUCCUGCCAGGCAGCGACAGCGGGCAGUCAGUUUCUGGUAUGGGCGGCGACCCCGGCUCGCUGGACGGAAGUCAAAAGUCGCCGCAAGUUGCAGACAGGCUCGCGGCUCUGCGGGCACGCGGUCUCGACUGCUCCUCGGAGUCGCGAAUAGUCAGGCACCCGCAGCAUCCUCUCGCCCGCGCGAACACGAGAUAUACGGUAUGUACUCGCGUGACUUCUGUGCACGCGAUAUGCCUGACCAGCGCUGCACAACUCGCAGCUCGGCGCUCGAACCCUCCCUCGCAACGCGAACGCGGACCUGACUCCAUGGUCGUUGGCGGGCUCGCAAUUCACGGUACGUACUUGUGAUGCUCCGAGUUCGGCGCACGCCCGAGGAUGCGGUGCGCGGCCUCGCAGGGCAAUCACCGGCGAGAUCUGGAGAUUUGAAGUAGAUACGCGAGAUCAGUGUCGAUGUCGAGGUCGCGCGAGAGUAGGAGCGACGUGCGAGAACGUACGAGUCGCGGUCGGCGCAGCUGUUCCGCGCGGAGGACGAGAUGCGCAGCCCGAGCACC